AGGGCCGCAGUGAGCAGUGACGCGGAUGCUGGGAGGCUGAGGGCCAGCCAGCAUCGGUGGGCAGAGACUGAGCAGGCUGCCGAUGGCUUUUCUGUUUGCUGCCUGUCCUGUGAUGACCAGCGUGUGCUCCCUGCUUUGCUUGAAGUACAGAAAAUGUUUCCAGACCGCUCAUUUCUAUGUGGAAGAUAGCAGUUCACCUCGGGUGGUCCCCAAUGAAAGUAUUCCUAUUAUUCCUAUUCCGGAUGAUAUGGAAGCCAUUCCUGUCAAACAGUUUGUCAAACACAUCGGGGAGCUCUAUUCUAAUAACCAGCACGGGUUCUCUGAGGAUUUUGAGGAAGUCCAGCGCUGUACAGCUGAUAUGAACAUCACUGCAGAACAUUCCAAUCAUCCAGAUAACAAGCACAAAAACAGAUACAUCAACAUUUUAGCAUAUGAUCACAGUAGGGUGAAGUUAAGACCUUUACCAGGAAAAGAUUCUAAGCACAGUGACUACAUUAAUGCAAACUAUGUUGAUGGUUACAACAAAGCAAAAGCCUACAUUGCCACCCAGGGACCUUUAAAGUCUACAUUUGAAGAUUUCUGGAGGAUGAUUUGGGAACAAAAUACUGGAAUCAUCAUCAUGAUUACAAACCUUGUGGAGAAAGGAAGAAGGAAAUGUGAUCAAUAUUGGCCAACAGAGAAUAGUGAGGAGUAUGGGAACAUAAUUGUCACAUUGAAGAGCACAAAAGUACAUGCCUGCUACACUGUUCGUCGUUUUUCAGUCAGAAAUACAAAAGUGAAAAAGGGCCAAAAAGGAAAUCCCAAGGGUCGUCAGAACGAGAGGGCAGUGAUCCAGUAUCACUACACACAGUGGCCUGACAUGGGAGUUCCUGAGUAUGCCCUCCCGGUCCUGACCUUCGUGAGGAGAUCCUCAGCAGCUCGGAUGCCAGACAUGGGCCCUGUGUUGGUGCACUGCAGCGCUGGCGUGGGCAGGACAGGCACCUACAUUGUGAUAGACAGCAUGCUGCAACAGAUCAAAGAUAAAAGCACAGUCAACGUCCUGGGAUUCCUGAAGCAUAUCAGGACACAGCGCAACUACCUCGUCCAGACGGAGGAGCAGUAUAUAUUCAUCCAUGAUGCCUUGUUGGAAGCCAUUCUUGGAAAGGAGACUGAAGUAUCUUCAAAUCAGCUGCAUAGCUAUGUCAACAGCAUCCUCAUACCAGGAGUAGGAGGCAAGACACGACUGGAAAAACAAUUCAAGCUUGUCACACAGUGUAAUGCAAAAUAUGUGGAAUGCUUUAGUGCUCAGAAAGAGUGUAACAAGGAAAAGAACAGAAACUCCUCCGUCGUACCAUCGGAGCGUGCUCGAGUGGGUCUUGCGCCAUUGCCCGGAAUGAAAGGCACAGAUUACAUUAACGCUUCUUACAUUAUGGGCUAUUACAGGAGCAAUGAAUUUAUUAUAACCCAGCAUCCUCUGCCGCAUACUACGAAAGAUUUCUGGCGAAUGAUUUGGGAUCAUAAUGCGCAGAUCAUUGUCAUGCUGCCAGACAACCAGAGCUUGGCAGAAGAUGAGUUUGUGUAUUGGCCAAGUCGAGAAGAAUCCAUGAACUGUGAGGCCUUUACUGUCACCCUUAUCAGCAAAGACAGACUGUGCCUCUCUAAUGAAGAACAAAUUAUCAUUCAUGAUUUUAUCCUUGAAGCUACACAGGAUGACUAUGUCCUAGAAGUGCGACACUUCCAGUGUCCCAAAUGGCCCAACCCAGACGCCCCCAUAAGCAGUACCUUUGAACUGAUCAAUGUCAUCAAGGAAGAGGCCUUAACAAGGGAUGGCCCCACCAUUGUUCAUGAUGAGUAUGGAGCAGUUUCAGCAGGAAUGUUAUGUGCCCUUACUACCCUGUCCCAGCAACUGGAGAAUGAAAAUGCUGUGGAUGUGUUUCAGGUUGCAAAAAUGAUCAAUCUUAUGAGACCUGGAGUAUUCACAGACAUUGAACAAUACCAGUUUGUCUAUAAGGCAAUGCUCAGCUUGGUCAGCACUAAAGAAAAUGGAAAUGGUCCCAUGACAGUGGACAGAAAUGGUGCUGUUCUUAUUGCAGAUGAAUCGGACCCUGCCGAGAGCAUGGAGUCUCUGGUGUGACUGGAAUCCUGAGAGGGCACUUAAUUUGUAAACUUCUGAAGACAGAGAACUUUUUUGAGGCCUUUUUUGCCAGACUCUAGGUUAUACAAUAACCCAGUUACUUUUUUACACUGAUAAAAGUUUUGAUAUUUAUUUUUUGCCAUUUUAUGUCUUAAUGGUAUCCUACUGAGCAUUUGCACCUCUGUUCAUUUCACACAGUGAAACGCAAUUUUACCUAGUUUGCACUAUAUGAUCAGUGUUACUGCCUAUAAUCUAAUAUUAAAGCAAACCCUGAUGUGACAUUCCAUGACAACAUGCAAGUUUUUAGUUCAGUACAAUGAAGGUCUUUGUUGUGACAGUGAAUCUUGAUUUUGUCAUUGUUGCUAACGCAGUCAUUCUACUAGCAGGCAAUGCUGUGCUUCUCCCGGUCCUCCCCUCCUGUUCUUCAGGCACUGUUCAAUGCUGAAUGCCUUCUGUAUUUUAGUGGAGUGGAUGAACAUUGUUUUCUUUUCUAGAACUUCAGGCUAUUGGGAGCUACUAAGAAGGUCUGUCAACAUUAUGGCCUUGAAAUUGUUCCAUUUUUAAUGGUUAAGAGAGCCAUUAAGAAAUGAGAAGGCUUAAGAGUUGCCUCUUGUGAACAUCUCUUAUUAGUUUUAAAGUUAUAUUCACAGCUUACAAAAAUGUGUCAAAAUAAAGGAUAACUCUGUAUUACAGCUUUCCUAGUAGCUAUGUGGACAGUGUGUGUUCUUUCCUUUUUGACUCUUGGAAAUAGCUACACCCUAAAAUCUGGGCCCGUCUUUUACUGUAUCGAGAUGGCAAUGUUCUCCACAACUCAGUUAUGAGAACCUUAAGUUAAUCCCUACUAAUGUAAUGCUUCUUGGUUUAUAAUACCAUACCUCACAAUAGGUAGGAGAAUGAGAAUUAGUGCAAGUAUGUGAUUUUUGAAACUAGUUCUCUAAAAAUCCCCCCUACUCAUAUAGCAAUGUAAUAAGAACUACCUAUACAGUUAACAUUCUUUCCUUUUUUUGCCAAAUAUUUCACAAUAAAUCCCUUAAGUACAUACAUUCUUCUAUGGAAGGUUAAGUUGAAAAUACUGUAUUAGCCAGUGUCUUGGGGACUAUUUAAAUUUCCACACCUAGAUAAAUCUUAUUGGGAACAAGACAAUUAGAAUCUUGAACAAAAGGUGAUGUCUACAUUUCCAAGUCAUUUUAAAAGAAAGAGACCGCUUUGAAUGCUUUUGUGUGGUUUAGUCUCAAGAACACACACAUACUUCAGUAAAAGAUGCUGAUAAACCAUUAGAGAGCCCAAGGAAGUUAUUUGUCCACACUACAUAACGGGAAAUUUAGUCAGAAAAAUAAGCUACUUGUUGAAAUCUUUUCUUCCAUUGCAUGUUUGCUUUUGAGCAUCAGCUUCUAUCAAACUUGAAAUCAUCAUCAGAACCGGGCCUAUUAAAAACAGCUUGGCUUAUUUUUAGUGCCAAUAAACUUGGACAGAAAGACCACAAUGACUGCUAUCAUAUUUUUCAGGGUGGGCAUUAAAACACAGAUGUUUAGCACUGAGGUUCUACUCACCUUGAGUUGGCCUACAUGGAGUUUGUCAUAGUUGCUAAGAAGAGAGGGUCUCGGAGCCAAGUCCAAGGGUUUCAAUGCAUAGGCCAGGACAACAGUUUUCAUGAACUACCUAAUUAUCAGGGUUAAUCUAAACUUCUCAUCACACAGAUUCAACCACAAAGAGUAGUCUACUUUUGAAGAACUAUAUAGGCUAUCUUGAGUAAAAGUGUUCCAGUGAACAAAGUUUGCUAAAUAGUGUGUGCUAGAAGACAUAGGCACUUUCACAGCCCUCUGCUCCCACCAGAGGUGACUCUACCUGACACAAGGAACACUUGAACAUUGGUACCCUACAACUCCCUGGAGGCUGAAGGGACGUAGGAGAGGAAAAGUUUCAGAUCAUGGCAAGAACUAGAGAUUUUUAGUGGGGUAUUUUAGUUGUGCAGGGCAUUGAUAUGAGCUAAUGUUUUUCAGUAGAUAGUGCAGUGGUUUUGACAUUCAGAAAUAACAUUUGAAUUGGUGUCUCAGUAAUUUUUCUUAAUAAACACUGGUUAGGAGGCAAAUAGCAAGUAUUCCCUUCUGUGCUAUUUAUAAAGAGCUCAGUGCAUUGAAAUGCAUACCCCCCAACAUAGUUCUGUGACUCUUACAUGCACAUCAGAUUAAUGAUAAAACAGCUAGUGAACAGGACAGAAACAUGAUAAAAAUGGUUUAGAAGUUCUCUGGGCAACCUGUCUCUACAGCAGACAUGAACCAAAGUCUGUAGACCUGAACUCACUGAACUGUGAGCAACACCUAUUUGCCCAUCUUGCCAAAGUGGUCCAGACCCACUACACGGAGUCCAGUUAUCUUUAGUCCCUCACCCUUCACCAGAGUGUAUCCUCAACUGUUAGUCAUUCCUCACUGGCAAAAAAAUAAACUUAGAUCUUUUCUGGAGGCACAGAGUUCCAAAGACAGUGUCUGAACACAUUGCUUAAGGACAUAACAAAGUUUUUACCACUUGUCUCAAGGGGAAAGGAAAUAGUUCUUGGAAGUCAGUGUGUGCUAUUGAAAGUAAGCUGUGUGUUUGAAUUCAGCACCAGGUAAACAGAAUGCACACAUCCUAUAAAAAAACUGAAUGACUAUAGUCAGACCAGCUGUGCUGGACAUCCAAGACAUCUCAUUGCCACCAGGAGACCAUUCUUGUACCUGACAGCCACAAUACCAAUCUUUUACACUAAAAAAAAAAAAAAAAA